AUGGAAUCACUGCGGAAGCGCGCCAUUGGACUCUCCAUUGAAAUUACACCGAACAUGGACAGGCACAUGCGUGACCAGCGAAAAGUGCCGCAGGAGCAGCAACCUGGGACGACGGUACACCCCAACUGGGAUGAUCUGGAAUAUCGCUGGGCACCACAGCACAUUGUAUUUUACAUCUACACCCCUCUCGUCCGUAUGGUCGUCGCCUGGCAUCGCCAUCGACGCCAUCAUGUAGGGACAUUAUUCUACUCUGAAGUCGUCUAG